GCAAAGGAGUUGCACCCAUAUCGCGCGCCGCCCUUGUUUCCGUAUGUCGCGAGAGCCGCGGUGCGGUGGACUCGUCGUGCCGGCAGGAGCGGAAUGGCCCAGGAGCCGACCGCAGCCGGCGGAGGAAGCUCAGUCGGUUGGCGGUCGCUGCGAAAAUGGCCCCCCGCGACAGGCCGGUAGCGGCGCCCCCUUCAGCCAUGCGAAAGCGCGGGGCUCGGAAGCGUCUCAAGUCUCGAGCCCACGACGUCUGCUUGGAGCGCGUGACCGUGGCCGACUAUGCCAACUCGGAUCCCGCCGUGGUGAAAUCCGGACGGGUGAAAAAGGCGGUAGCCAACGCGGUGCAGCAGGAAGUAAAAUCACUCUGUGGCUUGGAAGCAUCUUGUGUACCUACUGAUGAAGUAUUAUCAGUGGAAGAGUCCUGUGGCAGUAGCGAUGAGAUGGAUUCUAAGGAUUUAACUAAUGAUAGAAUAUUGUCUAGCAAGAAAAAAAGCAAGAGGCAUAAAGAAAAUUCUGAUGGGGUAGCAGGCAAAGAAUAUCCUAUCGAUAUUUGGUUGAUGCUGGCAUCCUACAUACGUCCGGAAGACACUGUGAAUUUUUCUCUCAUCUGUAAAAGAGCCUGGACUGUUACUUGCACUGCUGCCUUUUGGACCAGACUUUACAAAAGGCACUACAACAGGAAUGCAUGCCUUCCAAUUCGUUUACAACCAGAAUCGAUAGAAAAGAUGUACUGCCUUCGUGCAUGUGUAAUUCGUUCUUUAUAUCAUAUGUACAGACCUUUUGUUUCACAAAUAGCCAGAAAUCCAGCUAUUCCAGAUACUACUCCGAAUACUCUAAAAAAUUCAAAAUGUCUGCUUUUUUGGUCAAAAAAAGUUGACCAACAAUCUUCACUGUGGGAAUUCAGCUUCAAAUUCCAAAGGCAGUCUCCCAAGUUUAAGAAUAACUGUUUGAAACGUCUCCAACCACCCAUCCGGUACAAAGAUGUCCACAUGAACCCUGAUCAAGAUUGCUGCCUCUUACAGAUCACUACUCUUGACUUUAUAUAUGUUCCUGUAGUCAUGGGAAUGAUAGUUACCCUGUUCUCAAUUAAUGUGAGCACCGAUAUGAGGCAUCACAGAGUGAAAAUGGUGUUCCAUGAUUCUCCAGUUUGGAAUGGCAAGAAACCUAGAUUUGACCAUGGAGUGCAAGUUGUAAUGGACCCUGUAUACAGUGUGCGUCUUUUUGAUUGGUGGCACCCACAGUUCCCCUCCUCACACAUCUGAAAAAUCUGUAUGAUCUCGAUAAAUAACUACAUUUGAUCAUCCAGUCUGUGCAGAUAUUUGAUCACCUGUGUGGAGAAAACAGUUGUAAUGAGAUUGUAUACACAAUUAAGGGAUUUUAUGGUCCAGGUUGGAAAAACUUUGAGAUAAAAUUCUUUUUGUUGCUACAGAAAAUGGUCAUGUAUUCUCCUUUACGAGAACAUUAGCAUAUUGGGUGUUAGUCAUUUGAGAAAGUGAAAUAGGAAUAGCCCCAAUCCUUAAAAUGCCCUCCUACUCUGCUAUACUAGUUCAUAUAGGGAGAGUAUAAGGAGUAAAGUGUUAAUUUCCUUAUCUACUCCUUAUCUAGGAAGAAUAUGAUGCAGUCCUUGGCAAGUUAUGGGUGCGCAGCCUGUGCCCUCCCCAUGCCUACCCUGCGGCACGGCCAGAUGUUUGCCUCCAUAUUGUCACCACCCUUCUGCUACUGUCACACAGAGGUUUAAGUAAGGAAAGUCACUCUCUCAUGUCCUCUUUCCCAUCAGAAUACAACUGUCCUGUUUCCCAGCAGAACCUGAACUACUGGUAAGAGGGCCUACAAAGACAAUCAUGCCUAUGCUUUCACAGCACAAUUACUGAGAAGAAAGAGAACUCACUAUCUUUUCCACCUUGGUAUCCUGAGGAACUUUGGCCCAGGGGGAGCCUUUGGAUUGUGUACACUUGCAUCCGCUCCAAAUCACCACACUGAAAGUAACCCUUUAAGACUAUAGAGGUGGUCUACCUUUGGCUGAAUUGUAUGUGUUGAAAAUAAUAGGCUGUUUUCAGACUUCAUUUGACUUAGAGUAAACCCACUAAAACAAUAAUAUCCUGAUUACUGGUUCUGUUGGGUUCAGAACUUUCACUCUAGGUAUGACUGAGUGUAGAUCCAAUGUGCUCACUGCAGUAACUUUCUCAUUCUGCUCAGUUUAGUUGGGUCUGAUUUUACAUGCUAUGUAAUAACUUCCAAUGUAUAGCAGAGGUUAUGAUUAGUAAUUUCUUAACCCAGUCUGUGGUACACCCAUUGUGGUAUAGUGCAUAGAGUGCUAAAUAAGAAAGCCUGGGUUAGACUCCCCCUUCAGAUAUGGAAACUCACUGGGGGUGUGGAGCUGCUAAAACCACUCCUUCAGUUUCUCAAUUUGGAAGCCCUCUUAGGUUCACUGUAAGUCAGUUCCACCUUGACAGCAACAACAGCAUGUGCUACACAUUUUCAUAUUUCAGUUUCUGCAGGACUGCUUGCUAUCUUGCUAGCUGUCAAGGGGAUUUCUGGGUAGAAUGUUCCCCCAAACAAAGGGGAAAGUGCUUCUCCCAGUCUUGGACAACGUGCUCAUCUAGUACGGUCAUAGGUCACCACAUUACAUAUCUAUAGAAAGAAGACAAUUGGAUAAAAUACAGUCACUGAGUAUGGUGCUAUAGUACGCAGUUGCUAAAAAGAGAGUUAAUGUAAUAGUUUUGAUUGUAACAUUCCAAAAUACUAUUACAUAAAAUCUAGUUCAUUUGGAA